AUCAGGGAGGCGCAGUAAUUAGGCUGCUAAGGCUAGCGAUGCAGAAGGGCCGUCUCCCGUUCCAGAUUCAUAUUCCAAGCAAAAAGAAGGGUGCCAAGGGAAGAGCAGGUUUUGACCUCACAAAAGAAUGAAGCAGCUACAUUCUGGCGGAGAAUCUAAACAGGCGGUUUCGAAGAUAACUUUAGAAGAAGCUGGAAACCAGAGCUACGAGGCGUAUGUGAAGUACUACACUGUGGAUUGUCUAUCAAAGAUGCUUUUUCGUAGUAAAUCGAGAUUUCUGGUUAUUGUGACGAUAUUCACGAUAUUUACCGUGUUGCUCAUGAUUACCCUGCAAUUUUCGAGCAGCAAAGCAAUGAAAAGUCUCGGUGGCGAGUUGCACUGCGACCCGGAAGUCAUGAAACCGUCACCAGAAAUUCCGAAAAACGUGAACAAACUUCGCCCGGCCGAUAUCAAAGUCAUUGCGGCGAUGGGUGACUCAAUAACGAUUGCCUUGCGAUCGAAAAAUUUUGAGGGUCAGAGCUCGGCGAAAGUUUAUCCAGGAAAUUCCUACAUUAUCGGUGGUGAUGGUACACUCAGGGACCAGAUUACAGUAGGAAAGGUUUUACGGGAAUUCAAUCAAAACCUCGUGGGACUAUCACAUGGUAUCGACUAUGGCAACAAUUCUGGAUUCAAUGUGGCCGUUGGUGGAAUGACUAGUAAAGAUCUGCCAAGGCAAGCAGCCGUACUCAUCAAGAGGAUGGAACAGGCGGGGGUCAGCCUGAAGGAGGACUGGAAAAUUGUGUCGAUAUUCAUUGGGACCAACGACUUAGGAAAUCUUAAGUGCAGAAGGAACCAGGAUGUGCCCAUCGGUCGGGAAGAGUAUAAAGUAAACCUCAUAAAAGCAAUAUCUGUGUUGAGGACAAGCCUUAAACGUACUCUUGUUUCCAUUAUUCCUAUGUGGAAUUCUCAAAUUCUCAUUGAGGCUCAGUCGAUAAUCUUUGAAGGAAAAAGGCGAGAAUGCGGCGAGCAUUCUGUGGAGAAACGUGAUGCGCUUUGUAGCGAAUAUAGAAAGGUGGCUUAUGAGAUACAGGAUGAGAGGAUGUUUGAUAGUGAAGACUUUACCGUGGUUGCUCAAGGAUUUAUGGACAACGUUGUUGAUGCCUUCCGAAAUAGAGACGGAGCUUACGACACAUCGUUCUAUGCUGACGACACCUUUCACUUGAGUAAAUACGGUAAUGCAGUCAUAGGGAAAUUUUUGUGGAAUUCGAUGCUCGAACCUGUUGGAAGUAAAAGUGUGCACGGGAAUUUGGGAGAUGAUUCGAUACCCCUGAAGUGCCCAACCAUGGAUCGACCAUACAUACAGACCUUGAACAACAAAUGACUCCCAUGGCUGCUUUAAACCUUCAAUUACCUCUACCG